AUGAAUUGUCUGAGGCACUCCAUGGUGUACUUGACCAGUCGCCUGCUUGUUCUUGAUAUUGAGGUUGUUGAGCUCGUGGCACUGGCCUGCGCUGGACCAGUGGAGCACAAGUGCAAGAAGGUGCUGCGAAAUCCAGACAGCACCCGCGGCAAUGGCUCAAAUGUCCUGGUGUUGUCCUUGUUGGUGUCUGCCGCCUAUGCCGCAACCGUCACGCCUAUGGGCAAAGUCAUUGACAUGCUGAAGGAGAUGGAGCUUCAGGGCGAGAAGGAGCUGCAGCUACACGAGAAGAAGGCCGAAGCGGUGCAGUUUGCUGCUUACCAGCAAUUCUGUGAGAAGACGGAGGUGGAGAAGAAACGCAUCAUUGCGGACAGCAAAGACAAGGUUGAGGUGCUGACUGCAGAAAUUGAGAAGAGCGGGUCGGACGCUGAGAAGCUGGCAGAGGAGAUCGCUGGGCACCUGGCGGAAGUGGAGUCCGUGACGGCGGAGAAGGAGGCAGCCAGCAAGGUGCGCGAGACCGAGCGUAAGGACUUCCAAGCCAUGUUGAAGGAUUAUACGGAGUCGGUGGAUGCCAUUGGACGUGCCUUGAAGGUCUUGAAGGCCCAGGCGGCACCUGCCCUGGUGCAAUUGAAAUCGCUGGAGCUGCCGGAGCACGCCAGCCGAGGUUUGAAUGCGCUUCUGUCAGAAGGCUCUGAGGAGCAACUUGGAGAGCCCAGCUACGAGUUCCAAUCUGGAGGCGUCGUGGCGAUGCUCGAGAAGUUGGAGGACAAAUUCGUGGAGGAACGGCUGCAGUUGGAGAAGGAUGAGACCUCCAAGAAGAAUGCCUUUGAUCUGCUGGCGGCCACCUUGACGCGCAAGAUCGAGCAGGCCACGAAGGAGCAGCAGCAGAAGGAGGGGAUCAAGGCGAAGAAGCUGCACGACAAGGCUUCUGCCUCUGGAGAUCUUUCCGAAACGAAGGUUGGGCUGAAGACCGAUGAGGAAUAUUUGGCCGAAUUGUCGACCACCUGUACCAAGAAGGCUGCAGACUUCAAGGAUCGUCAGAAGGUGAGGGCUGAGGAGUUGGUGGCCAUUCAAGAAGCCACCAAAGCGAUGAGCGAGAUCGCCAAGCCCGCCCUGCUGCAAGAGGUGCCGGAUGGUGUCGGGCCUGAACCGACGAAACCGGAGAGCCUUGUGGGUGCCUUGGCGGCUGCCGGGCGGUGA